AGUAUGGAGGGAACAGACACGAAAGUUUGUACGUUUACCUUUAAGAAAAGAGGUAAACGGCAAAAUACAAGAAAACGACGGGCCAGUGAUAGCAAGGACUCUAGCAGUGAAGAUGACAGCGAAGUAGUUCGCAGAAAGAAAGGGACCAGCGGUCUUAUGGUACAAAAGACCAACCGAUUAAAAGCAAGAGAUGAUGUCAAGUACAGUAGCAGUGACAGCGAACAAGAGAAGAACAGCAAUAUUGGAGUGUCCUAUAAGUCCAACAAGUCUGGUCAACGUGAUGGUCCCCAGGAUAUGGGAGCCACAGCUACCGUAGAAAUCGACACAGAAAAAGAUAAGGAUGCAUUAGCCAUUGCAGAGAGAGCAGUGCAGAUUAAUAAAGAACAAAGAGGUCUUGAGGAUGACAGGGUCUACAGAGGAGUGAACAACUACACACAGUUCUAUGAAGUGAAAGACACUGCAUCAGGAAGUGCAGCAAACGCUGCCAAUAGGUAUGGUCCCAAGAGAGCCCCUGCCUUUCUGAGGUCAACUGUCAGGUGGGACUACCAGCCAGAUAUCUGCAAGGAUUACAAGGAGACGGGGUUUUGUGGCUUUGGAGACAGCUGCAAGUUUCUUCAUGAUCGCAGUGACUACAAGCACGGCUGGCAGUUGGAGAGAGAGAUGGAGAAGGGAACAUACGGGGAACAAGACCUGAGUAAAUAUGAGAUCAGUAGUGAUGAAGAUGAUCUCCCAUUUGCCUGUUUCAUCUGUAGAAAGACAUUCACUAAUCCCGUCAUAACAAAGUGCAAGCAUUAUUUCUGUGAAAAGUGUGCAUUGGCACAGUACAGAAAGUCCAAAAGGUGUUUUGUAUGUGGAACACAAACUAUGGGGGUGUUUAACCCUGCUAAAGAAAUAAUUGCGAAAAUGGAGAAGAAUAAAGAACGGGAUGAUAGCGACAGUGAUACACAGGAUAAUGAUAAGGGUAGUGAUAGUAACACUCGGGGAAACGUAAACCAGGUUGAGGGAGAAAGUAGUGGGGAGGCCUCUGAGGAGGAAGACUAGCAUUUGGAGAUAAAAAUUGGAUGU